AUGGUGCUUGGUCAGUGUUUGGGGCCUUCAGUGACUGGAGUGAAUGUUCUGAGACGUGUGGAGGAGGAAGUCAGGAACGCUCUCGUUACAGAGUUUGUAAUAAUCCUUCACCAAAACAUGGUGGAAAAGCGUGUAAAGGAUCCAGAAUUGUCAAUGAGACGAGGAAGUGAAAAGGAAUACAAAAGCGUGUUCGAAAGAAAUAUUGCAAUAACCCAGCUCCACAAUACGGUGGAAAGAACUGCCCAGGAAGUAAUGUCCAUGCUGAGAAAAAACAAUGCAAUUCAAAUCCCUGUCCAGUUGAUGGUGGAUGGUCCGAAUUCAUUCCUCAUGGAGACUGGAGCCAAUGUUCUGUUACAUGUAAAAAUGGAACCCAGACACGUGUCACAAUCCGCACGUGUUCUGAACCAGCACCUCUAUACGGGGGUAAACAUUGUAUUGGUCGCAGCACAGGACGUGAACAACAACUAUGUACUAAAGCAGACUGUCCGGUUUGAAGAUUUAAUCUCGUUUAUCUCUACAUUGAUUUACAUUGCCUCUGGUUAUGAUUUAGUACAUGGUGCUUGGUCAGUGUUUGGAGCCUUCAGUAACUGGAGUGAAUGUUCUGAGACGUGUGGAGAAGGAAGUCAGGAACGCUCUCGUUACAGAGUUUGUAAUAAUCCUUCACCAAAACAUGGUGGAAAAGCGUGUAAAGGAUCCAGAAUUUUCAAUGACAGGAGGAAGUGUAACACACAACCAUGUCCAGUUCAUGGUGGUUGGUCAGAAUUCAAUUCAUACAGUGAAUGGAGCACGUGCCCUGUUACAUGUGGAGGAGGAAAUCAAACACGAUCCAGAACAAGAAGAUGUGAUAACCCUCGUCCAGAACACAACGGAUUCAACUGCACAGGGUCGGUGGAAGAAAUUGCUAGUAGGAAAUGUAAUUCAAACAUCUGUCCAGGGGUCAAAAAGACAGCUGACAAGACGGUAAUCAUUUUUAUUGUGGUGUCGUGCAUUUUGACAACCCUCCUUUGUCUGAUUGCAUCCAGAAUAUAUCAGCGUAGAACAAGUAGAAAAAUGUACAAAAUAGAGGAACCAAUGCAACUUCAUUCGAUGGAAACGGUUUAUGAAGACAUGGAAAGCAUAGAAUUAAGAAAUCGUGAUUAUAUCUCAUCUCACACAGAAUGCGUUCUCAAUCCACGACUCCUCCAUCGACCUGAUGACGGAGUGGAACUUUCUUCUGUCUUUUUAGAUUUGAGAAGACAGUAUUCUAUUUUGAGCUAUGAUGAACGUGCGAAUACUAAAUUCACCCAAGAGAUAAGUGACGAAAAUGAAGAAUCCACAAUCUAUUCCAACGAGAACAGUACUCCAGGUGAAAUGAAUGAUAAGAGAUUGGCAAUUCUUGCAGGAAAUCAAAACGAAAAUGAUUAUACUGGAGCAGAAAUAUGUUUCGAUUUAGCUAAAACUCGACAAAAUGAAAUAUCUAGUGUCGUUUGCCACGACGAACCAACCAUGAAGAAAAGAAAUCGAUACAUUGUCAUUUUACCCAAUGAAACUUACCCGGAGAGUGUCAGUGAAGAAUCUCAUGAUUGUGCAACGAAAUAUGAGAAUGAAGAAUUCGAAAAAUGUGAAGACAUAGAUACAGAGUUUUCAAUGAAUUUGGCAGAAAGCAUUGGAGAAAAUUACAACGCUUCACGUCACCACGUCGGUAGAGAUACCUUUGAACGAGGCAAUAUUUUGGUUUUGCAAUCUGAUAAUGAUGGCUCGGAUGAGAAAUAAACAUGGAAUACACAAUUUUGCCCGCACUACUAGGAUACCACGACAAGUGUACUCAUCGUCGUACACGCCAAGACGCAGAUAACAAAAAUUGCCAAGAAAGAAUAGCACUAAAAUAUCUAGCCAUGUAAAUGAUACACUUAUUGCAUGAAAUCGCGAAAAAAUUCAAUGCGCUAAAAUCUCAAGACAGCUUCUUCAAGAACACAAAUAGCCCCUACACAAACAUAACUUGGUAUACGAUAUGUUAAUGAUUCCUUAACAUGGAACUACAUGAAUGUCGAAGGAGUGUAAUUCAUUCUUUUAGAGUUGCUGAUUACUUCAUUCAAUGUUUAGACUUACAAGACAUGUACAUGUAAAUUGUAAAUGAUGUUAGACAAUUGUCAACACUAUUGAUUUCACAAUGAUAAAAGGAAACUCGGGACAAGGCAUGGAAAUCAGUUAAUAUUUAGAACGGAAACAUUCAGUAAAAGUGUUUGUAUUUCUGGAAUAACUAGUUAAAGAUUUGAACAUUGAUAAUGUAGCAAUGCUCACGAUGGCUUUGUUUUGUAAAUAGAUUGUUCAAAUUUCGAAAUAAUCUGGUGAUUUCUUUUCCUGGAUUUGCAUAUUGUGUGUUUAAAACCGUAACAGCUGCCCCUAUAAUUUGUUUUUAACACGUGAUUUUAAUUGUUAUUUUCCUUGUGACACGGAGAAGGGAGUUUAUAAUUCAAUAUAUGCAAUUGUUAUUGUAUUUUCAUAGUAUAUAUGUCUUUGUUUUGGUAUACUGUUUUACGUCAUUUAGAGAAAAUGUCUCUUAUUUACAGAUGUCGCAUGUUGUUAAAGAAUUGUGUUGCCAUAUUUUUUUUUACCUAGGAAAUGCACUUUAGACCGUUUUUAAGAUCAAAUCCAAAUGAUCUGUAAUUUCUACUCCUAGUGCUGGGAGCUUGUAGAUUAAAUUUAAGCCUUUUCCCUCUGUCACGAAGCCAGUGUUCUAAGUACUACGCUACCUCGGCACUAUAUUUGUCGUUGUACACGCUGAGCUUAGGCGCAUAGCAAAAUCUGCUAAAAAUAAAAAUGAUAAAAUAGCUCCCCAUAAAGAUUAUACACUUGUUGAAUGAAACUGCGCCACAAAUUAAAGCGUUAAGAUUUCAAACAUCUUUUUCAAAGAAAAAAAGUCCCUACAAAAAUAUUACCUGCUAUAUAGCAUGUUGAUGAAUACAUCACCUUGGGUCUAUGUUGAAGGAGAUGGAAUUUAUUCUAUUAGAUUUUCUGAUAAUGCAUUCAAGAUUUGGACUUACAACUCAUCCACGUGUAAAUUGUAAAUGACACUAAACAUUUGUGAACACUAUCGAAUUAACAAACCAUAAAAGAAAAUCGGAACAGAGGCGGGACAAUAGUUACGAUUUUAGAAUGAAAACAGUCUGUAAAUAAUGUUUUUAUUCCUGAAAUAAAUAGCUAACGAUUUGUGUAUGCAUUGAUGAUGUAUUAAUGCUGACAAUGGUUUUGUUUUGUAAAAACAUUGUUCAAUUUUUCAAUUAACCUGCUGAUUUCAAUUGCUAGAUAUGCAUGUUAUGUGUUUUAUUCUUUUACAGUUAAACCAAUAUUGUAUUUGUAACACAAGUUUUUGAAUAUGC